AUGGAAGACAAAUCUAAUUCUUUCUCCAGCAACAAAGAGGAGAAAGGGGAUGGGAAUAAUGUAUUUCAGAGGCAAGACUCGAUACUGAAGAACAACAUGGGCAGCCAAAACAUGAAAGAACACAGCAACUCCGUGGGCUUAAAGGGGGACCGGGAAGAGACCAUGGUCGGUUUCGACGAUAUAGAUGCAGCGUCCAGACAAUAUGGUUUCAUGCAACGGCAGUUUGGAGCAAUGCUACAGCCCGGUGUGAACAAGUUCUCUCUGCGAAUGUUCGGCAGUCAGAAAGCAGUGGAGAAAGAGCAAGAGAGAGUCCAAACGGCGGGAUAUUGGAUCAUUCAUCCCUAUAGCGAUUUUAGGUUCUACUGGGACUUGAUAAUGCUCAUCAUGAUGAUGGGGAAUCUAAUCAUCAUUCCUGUGGGAAUAACGUUCUUUUCCGAGCAAACCACCACCUCCUGGCUGGUGUUCAAUGUGGCGUCAGACACCAUCUUCCUCGUGGACUUGGUCAUGAACUUCCGUACCGGUAUCGUCAACGAGGAGAGCUCGGAGAUCAUCUUAGACCCUAAGGUCAUUAAGAUGAACUAUCUGAAGAGCUGGUUUGUGGUGGACUUUCUGUCAUCCAUUCCAGUGGAUUAUAUCUUUCUAAUAGUGGAGAAAGGCUUUGACUCUGAGGUGUACAAGACUGCUCGAGCACUGCGCAUUGUGAGGUUUACUAAAAUCCUCAGUCUUCUUCGUCUGUUGAGGCUUUCGCGACUCAUCAGAUACAUUCAUCAGUGGGAGGAGAUUUUCCAUAUGACCUAUGACUUGGCCAGUGCCGUGGUAAGAAUCUUUAAUCUAAUAGGGAUGAUGCUGCUACUCUGCCACUGGGAUGGGUGUCUGCAAUUCCUGGUACCUCUUCUCCAGGACUUCCCUCCAGAUUGCUGGGUGUCGCUCAACGGUAUGGUUAACGACUCCUGGGGCAAGCAGUACUCCUACGCCCUCUUCAAAGCCAUGAGUCACAUGCUGUGUAUUGGAUACGGUGCCCGUGCCCCUGUCAGCAUGUCAGACCUCUGGAUCACCAUGCUUAGUAUGAUCGUCGGUGCCACCUGCUAUGCCAUGUUUGUGGGUCAUGCCACUGCCCUCAUCCAGUCGCUGGACUCCUCUAGACGGCAAUAUCAGGAGAAGUAUAAACAAGUGGAGCAGUACAUGUCCUUUCACAAGCUUCCUGCAGACAUGAGGCAGAAGAUUCAUGAUUACUAUGAACAUCGCUAUCAAGGCAAGAUCUUCGACGAGGACAAUAUCCUGAACGAACUCAACGAUCCACUGAAAGAGGAAAUUGUUAAUUUUAACUGCCGUAAGCUGGUUGCAACCAUGCCUCUGUUUGCCAAUGCUGAUCCCAAUUUUGUGACGGGUAUGCUGAGCAAAUUGAAAUUUGAAGUAUUCCAGCCCAACGAUUACAUCAUCCGUGAGGGCACCGUGGGUAAAAAGAUGUACUUCAUUCAGCAUGGCGUCGCUAGCGUCAUCACCAAACACAACAAGGAGCUAAAACUCACUGAUGGCUCCUAUUUUGGAGAGAUCUGUCUGUUGACGAAAGGGAGACGCACGGCUAGUGUCCGGGCUGACACGUACUGUCGGCUUUUUUCUCUGUCCGUUGACCACUUCAAUGAGGUGCUGGAGGAGUACCCAAUGAUGCGACGAGCUUUCGAGACUGUGGCAAUUGACCGUUUGGAUCGCAUUGGGAAGAAGAAUUCGCUCCUGCUCCAGAAAUUCCAGAAGGAUCUGAAUGCCGGCGUGUUCAACACGCAGGAGAACGAGUUAUUGAAGCAGAUUAUCCGUCAGGAUCGGGAGAUGGUGAUGAUGGUGGACCGGAAGCAGUCAGUCACGGGGAUGAACUCCACACCGAUGUCUGGAAAUUCCAUCAUUAAUUCUCCGGCGCAACCACCUUUUGCCACUCCACUUGGCAACAAUCAAUUACAGCAGCAGCCCGCCCCCCUGAGCUACAGCACUUCAGCGACCAUCACCCCCCCAGCCCGCAUUCUACCUACCUCUACGCAGGUUGUGUCCCAUGGCAACCUCAGCUCCUCCUCUCCCAGUCAGCAGAUGCCACUGCAGCAGCAGGGAGCUAUCAUGUCACCAUGCUCCUACACCACAGCUGUGUGCAGCCCCCCAGUGCAGACGCCUCUCGCUGGCCGAACGUUCCAGUAUGGCUCGCCCACAGCCUCUCAACUGUCCCUCAUCCAGCAGCCCCUCCCCGCACAGACAUCAGCUUCAACUGCGACAACACAACAACAACAACAACAACAACAGCAGCAGCCGCAGCCGCAGCCACAGGUGCCGUCCCCUCAGAGAAGCGAGGUCCAUAAGAGUGCGCAGGCCCUGCAGUCAGGCAGUCUGAGCCGGGACAUACGCCACCUGUCUGCCUCACAGCCCUCGCUGCCUCAUGACACCUCCAUGGGCUCCCGGCCACACCCAACGUCUGGUGAAUCUCUGACCUCCAUUCCUCCGCCGGUGGGUCCCGCAGCAGCGGCCGCCCAGGCCCCGGGUUCCGUCCUGCAGGGCAGCAUCCGCUCCACUGUGCCGCAGAGGGUCAACCUCUUUCGCCAGAUGUCAUCGGGCGCGUUACCGCCGGUGCGUUCGGCACCUUCUACUGCCCAACACAGGGAUUCCACAGGCUCCAGGAGAGAUUCGGCAGUCUUAAGCAGUACAGAGACCGAGCAAGACAAGAUGCGUUUUGCAUCAAAUUUAUGA